AUGGCACCCACUUUCAACGAAGAGACAAGGGCCAGUGAUCUUGUCCGCCACUAUAGCCCUCAGAUUUCUGGCAAGACCAUUUUGAUCACCGGUGUCUCCCCAGGUAGCCUUGGUGAAAGCUUCGUCAAGCAAGUUGCCGUCGCACACCCUGCAACUUUUAUCCUCGCCGGUCGCUCAAUCCCCAAGAUGCAGGGCCUCAUAGAGGAACUCAGCAAUACGAACCCACGCAUCACAGUCAAGCCUCUCGCGCUUAACCUGCUCUCAUUCGCCGAUGUCCGCAAAGCAGCCGAAACCGUCAAUUCCUGGACCGACGUGCCGAACAUAGACGUCCUCGUCAACAACGCCGGCAUCAUGGCCGUGCCCUACAAACUAACCGAGGACGGCUUCGAAAGCCAGUUCCAAACAAACCACCUCAGCCACUUUCUCUUCACCAACCUUAUCAUGGGGAAGAUCCUGGCCUCGGAGACCCCGCGCGUGGUCCUCGUCUCAAGUGGCGUGCACCGCAUCGGCCAUAUCCGCUGGUCAGAUUAUAACUUCAGCGAAGGCAAGACCUACCAGAGGUGGCUGUCCUACGGCCAAUCCAAAACGGCUAAUGCCCUGAUGGGUCUCGCACUGGCUGAGAGACUCGGCUCCCGAGGCCUCCUAGCCUUUCCACUCUGUCCGGGUACCAGUUUCACGAAUCUUUCGGCCCAUGGAAAGGAUGAUUUGGUCGCCUUUGCGGCAGAUCUUACGGAGAUGGACAAUAUUUAUGGCAAUAAGUGGUUCUGCGGCAUGCCGAACUUGAAGUUCAAGGAUUUGGAUCAGGGCGCGGCGACGCAUGUUUUUGCUGCUUUCGAUACCGGCAUUGUGCAGCGUAAUGGCGCUUUCCUGAGUGAUUGCCACAUUGCAGAUCCGCAUGAGGAGGAGGUUUACCCGUGGGCAACGAGCAAGGUUGACGCAGAGAGACUGUGGAAGUUGAGUGAGAAACUUGUUGGUCAGGAGUUCAACUAUUAA